UCCAUGAUGUCAUUGAAUGCUCUUGUUGGUUUUUUUUUUUCCUUAGCGACUCCAAAACCUUGUCCCGCCCUGGCGGACAUCGUGUUUGUUAUAGACUCAUCCGGCAGCUUAGGUCCGGACAACUAUAACAAAGAAAAGAAGUUUACCAUCGACAUCGCCAAACGUUUCCCCAUCGGUCCAACCGGCGCUCGCUUCGGUUGCGUCAUCUUCAGUUCAACGGCUGAGAGCAUGUUUGACCUGUCCGACGACCUGGACCGGGCAUCUCUUGAGGAGGUACAUUUUACAUUCCUGGACGGACGUGAUUCUAAUCGCAGCGUGUUGCGUUCAGUGUUAUUUUACUUGAGCAAGUACACUAGGUUGGCUUGCACGCUUUUCUCUCCAGGGUAAACCAACCCAGUUACAGAACGUACCACAAUUAUUUUACAUGGUCUGGAUAAGCUGAUAAGCCCCUAUCAUUUGUUGUUUUACAAGACUCCACGAUAAUCUUAGCGUAUUUAAAAAAAAAAAAUCUCUAUCUAGCACAGUGGAAUAUCAAUCUAUCUUACGACACAGUUAUGUUUUCUAAUCAUAUGCAUCAAAGAGAUAUAUUAAUUGAUUCCUUAAAGUAAUAUUCCUUAGUUUUGUUUCCAUCCGCUCUAAGCUUUUAUAGUUACCAUGCGUUGAUAACCAUGAUUUCGUAAUGAUCAACCAGGCCCUGGAAGCUCUGCCCUUCUUGAACGCAACCACACACACUUACAAAGCCUUCGAUCUCGUGUCGGAGGAAGGCAUGUUUGCUGAGGACAACGGUGGCAGGAACAAGGCUGCAAAAAUAAUCAUCUUUUUGACGGAUGGGUUGUCC